AUGGAGGGGGCGUCAAACUGGGGACCGGCGGCGAUGGAGGUCCAGGCGGCGCCCAAGGCCAAGUUCAAGAUCCCGGUGGACGAUGACAGCAAGGCCACCGAGUUCUGGCUCUUCUCGUUCUCGAGGCCGCACAUGAGCGCCUUCCACCUCUCGUGGUUCUCCUUCUUCUGCUGCUUCGUGUCCACCUUUGCGGCGCCGCCGCUCAUGCCGCUCAUCCGGGACAACCUCGGCCUCACGGCCAAGGACAUCGGCAACGCCGGGGUCGCGUCCGUCUCGGGCGCCGUCUUCGCGCGCCUCGCCAUGGGCACGGCCUGCGACCUGGUCGGUCCCCGCCUGGCGUCGGCGGCCAUCAUACUGCUCACCACCCCCGCGGUCUACUGCACCUCCAUCAUCAACUCGGCCUCCUCCUUCCUGCUCGCGCGCUUCUUCACCGGCUUCUCGCUCGCUUCCUUCGUGUCCACGCAGUUCUGGAUGAGCUCCAUGUUCUCGGCGCCCAAGGUGGGGCUGGCCAACGGCGUCGCGGGAGGCUGGGGCAACCUCGGCGGGGGCGCCGUGCAGCUCCUCAUGCCCUUCGUCUUUGAGGCCGUCCGCAAGAUAGGCAGCACCAAGUUCGUGGCGUGGCGCGUCGCCUUCUUCAUCCCGGGCAUCAUGCAGACGGUGUCGGCCAUCGCGGUGCUGGCGCUCGGGCAGGACAUGCCGGACGGCAACUACCGCAAGUUGCACAAGUCCGGGGAGAUGCACAAGGACAGCUUCGGCAACGUGCUGCGCCACGCGGUCACCAACUACCGCGCCUGGAUCCUGGCGCUCACCUACGGCUACAGCUUCGGCGUGGAGCUGGCCGUGGACAACAUCGUCGCCGAGUACUUCUACGACCGCUUCGACGUCAACCUCCACACCGCCGGCCUCAUCGCCGCCACCUUCGGGCUGGCCAACAUCGUGUCCCGCCCAGGCGGCGGGCUCAUGUCCGACUGGCUGUCCCAGCGCUACGGCAUGCGCGGCAGGCUGUGGGGGCUGUGGGUGAUGCAGACCAUCGGCGGCGUCCUCUGCGUCGUGCUGGGCAUCGUCGACUACUCCUUCGGCGCCUCCGUGGCCGUCAUGAUACUCUUCUCCUUGUUCUGCCAGGCCGCGUGCGGCCUCACCUUCGGCAUCGUGCCCUUCGUGUCGCGCAGGUCGCUGGGGCUCAUCUCCGGCAUGACCGGCGGCGGCGGCAACGUCGGCGCCGUGCUCACGCAGGUCAUCUUCUUCAGGGGCGGCAAGUACAAGACGGAGACGGGGAUCAUGUACAUGGGUAUCAUGAUCCUCGCAUGCACGCUGCCCGUCGCCUUCAUCUACUUCCCGCAGUGGGGCGGCAUGCUCGCCGGGCCGCGGCCGGGGGCGACCGCCGACGACUACUACAACGGGGAGUGGACCGCGGAGGAGCGGGACAAGGGGUACAACGCUGCCACCAAGCGUUUCGCGGAGAACAGCGUGCGCGAGGGCGGCCGGAGGGCGGCGUCAGGCAGCGACUCAAGGCACACCGUCCCCGUCGACGGCUCGCCGGCGCCGGCCGACGUGUGA